AACCUGUCAGUAAUUAACUAAGUGUUUGUAGUUGUAGCAGGGAUAUUAUUGAAUGACCCUUUUUAAACAUAAUUUUCUCCAUUGUGUAGCAAUAUGGCCAGUGUUCGAAGGCUAAUUCCCCCUGGGGACAGCAUAUGUUUAUUUUGUUUGGGCUGUUUAAACAAUUCUGUGGAUUUAAGAUGUUCCCACAGGUUGUGCAAAAGCUGUGUACAAAGUUACUGGGAGAUGAUGCAAUCUCUGAAAUGUCCUGUUUGUUUGAGAGAGACAUUGUGUAAGGUGUCUUUACAAAAUGUGAGUUCUGAGCUGUCAGGAUCAAACAAUGGAAAUCUCCUUUUGAGGAACACAGAGGGUAAAAUGAAGCAGCCCAGAAGAUGCACAUAUAUUAAAGGAUGAAGAGCAGUUUGUAAAAGUUGAGAAGAAAAUACUUUCUUCUCAUUCGAGAUCCACUGCAAGAAAAUCUUCCAAUGACAUACCAAGCACAAGUAUGGACCCAAUGGAUCAGAAAGCCCAAACUCUGUCAAAUGCCCCAUCAUUUUUAAUGGCUUUGAGAGCCAAUCUGUGCCAUGAGUGUGGCAAAAGUUUUGAAAGCACAUCAGCCCUGAAAACCCAUCGGAAAUCCCAUUCUGUACAGUGGCUGUAUGGGUGCUCUACCUGUGGAAAGCAAUAUACUAGGAAGAAGGAACUUAGUUUACAUCAGCGACUACAUACGAAUGAGAGUCUACUCUAUUGUGCCUAUUGCAAAAGGAAGUUCACAAGGAAGAGAGACCUGAUAUGCCAUGAAAGAAGCCACACUGGAGAGAAGCCUUUCCUCUGUACUUUGUGUGGGACAAGCUUCAGUAGGAGAAGCACGUUAAAACUGCAUAUACAGCGACACAAGGGGAUCAAACUGUACCAGUGCGACCAGUGUGGAAUGUCUUUCCAUACAUCAGCAGCCUUGAAGAUACACAAGGCAAUACACACAGGAGAAAAGCCCUUUGCUUGUCAUCAAUGUGAUAAGAGAUUUGUUCUGAAGGCUCAUCUGGACAUUCAUUUGCACAAACAUGCAGGAGAGACACCCUACAGUUGUUCAGUGUGUGGGAAGGCUUUUAAGUGGAAGCAGAGCCUUACCACUCACCAGCUAACGCAUCAGGAACAACGACCGUUUAAGUGCCCAGACUGUGACUGCCACCUUAAGUCACACCAGUUGAUCCACUCAAGUGAGACGCCAUACAAAUGUAGUCAUUGUGGCAAAGCUUUCAAGCGUCGGAAUUCUUUAAAGGUUUAUGAACGCAUUCAUACAGGCAAAAAGCCCUACAGCUGUGAUCAGUGUGGGAAGAAUUUUGUAUCGUCAAGCGAACUGAGUGUCCAUCGGAGAGUCCACUCAGACGAAAGAAACUACAAGUGCUCUGAGUGCGAGAAGACUUUUCGAUACAUGCCGUCCUUGAAGGUCCACCAGAGAACGCACUCUAUGGAGAGACCGUACCAUUGUCGUGAGUGCGGUAAAAGCUUUAUUGCUUCCUCCCAUCUCCGAACCCAUGAAGAAAUGCACAAAAACGAGCAACGCCACCACUGCACAGAGUGUGGUCAGGGUUUUAACUGCUCCAGCACUCUGAAGUCCCACCAGAUGACCCAUUCGACCAGGACGGAGUUCCGUUGUGAUGAUUGCGGCAAGAUUUUCAUCCGUAAGGAUACCUUUAAAAUUCACCAACAGAUCCAUACGGGGGCCAGAGUCUACAAUUGCUCGGAGUGUGGAAACAGCUUUAGCAGCUCCAGCAAUUUACAGCGACACCUGCAGAACCACAAAGUUAAGACAAUGUAUCACUGCAGUGAGUGCGAGAAGAGUUUCAGUAGUGUGGCAUACCUGAGGAAGCACCAACUAGCUGUGCAUGCAGCAGAGGCGCCAUAUGUCUGCACAGAGUAAGAGGAAAGCCUUGAUGCUGAAAUGCUGCUAGCUGAAAUACUCAAGAGACCCUCACAGCAUGGGAUAAAUCACCUGCAUUUUUAUUUUAAAAAUAAAAUCAUGAGGACAUAUCUGUAUAUUUCAGAAUGCCCACAAAUGGGGGAUGGUACUGAUCAGAAAUGAUCUUUUCACUUUGUAUUUUUUGCCAGUGUAAGAUUUUUUUUUUCUCAUUGUCCAUCCAGAUAGCUGAUUAUAUGAUUGUUAUUCCUGUCAAGUAGCUACAUUCAAUGGUUCCCUUUUUUUUUCUUUUCUGAAUGCCAUAUAUAUCCAGGUUUACUCUUGAUGUGCAGUGAUAUUUACAUGCUAAAUGGCAUCCUGAAUUUGUAAAAUAAAUUUAAUUUCCACAUAUCUCUCAAAGGAGUAUGGUUCUCAUUUUCAACCAUUUCAACCAGGAUG